UCCGCCGCCGUCAGCGGACGGGGCGGGGAUCCCGGUGCCAGGUCCUCGCCAACCCGCCCCCGCCGCCACCGUCUGCCGUCCGGGUUCUGCCCGACUGUCAUGAAUUGGGGCGGGAUCUUCGCCUGUUCCGUGUGAAGUGCGUCGUCGCCGCUGCCACCGCCGCCUCCGCUUUCCGAGGCUUCCCCACCCCCGCCACCGCCUAGAGCCCCUCGCCUUGGGCAGCCCGUCGCCGCCCCCCGGGCAGGCUCGAAUGCGCGUCCGGUGAAGGUGCAGGCCCGGCGCCGCCGCUGCCGCAGCCGCAGCCGGGAAAUGGUUCGGGCCUAGCGGAGCCGGGACUGGAGGGAAUCUAAAACAACAGCAAAGCUGAGGUCAAACUGCCAUAAGGAUGGACACCAAGGAAGCUGUGUUUGGGACAAAAAGAAAUCGAGAUAAGCAACAUGAACCGUGAAGACCGGAAUGUGCUGCGUAUGAAAGAACGGGAAAGGCGGAAUCAGGAAAUUCAGCAGGGCGAGGACGCCUUCCCACCUAGCUCUCCUCUCUUUGCUGAGCCAUACAAAGUUACUAGCAAAGAAGACAAGUUAUCAAGUCGCAUUCAGAGUAUGCUUGGAAACUACGAUGAAAUGAAGGAUUUCAUAGGGGAUAGAACUAUACCAAAGCUUGUUGCAAUUCCCAAGUCUACAGUACCACCAACAGCAGAAGAAAAAUCCAACCCCAAUUUCUUUGAACAGAGACAUGGGAGCUCACAUCAGAGUAACAAAUGGACUCCAGUAGGACCUGCGCCCAGCACUUCUCAGUCACAGAAACGGUCCUCAGGCUUACAGAGUGGACACAGCAGCCAGCGGACCAGUGCAGGUGGCAGUAGCAGCACCAACAAUAGUAGCCAGAGGCAUGACCGUGACUCAUAUAGCAGUAGUGGGAGCAGUAGCCGGAAAAAAGGCCAGCAUGGAUCAGAACACUCCAAAUCACGCUCUUCCAGCCCUGGAAAACCCCAGGCUGUUUCUUCAUUAAGCUCCAGUCAUUCCAGGUCUCAUGGGAAUGAUCACCAUAGCAAGGAACAUCAGCGUUCCAAAUCACCUCGGGAUCCUGAUGCAAACUGGGAUUCUCCUUCCCGUGUACCUUUUUCAAGUGGACAGCACUCAAAUCAAUCUUUCCCCCCUUCGUUGAUGUCAAAGUCCAGUUCAAUGUUACAGAAACCCACUGCCUAUGUGCGGCCCAUGGAUGGACAAGAGUCCAUGGAACCAAAGCUGUCCUCUGAGCACUACAGCAGCCAGUCGCAUGGCAACAGUAUGACUGAGCUGAAGCCCAGCAGCAAAGCACAUCUCACCAAGCUAAAAAUACCUUCCCAACCACUGGAUGCUUCUGCUUCUGGUGAUGUGAGCUGUGUGGAUGAAAUUCUUAAAGAGAUGACGCAUUCAUGGCCUCCCCCUCUAACGGCUAUUCAUACACCAUGCAAAACAGAACCUUCCAAAUUUCCUUUUCCAACUAAGGAACCUCAACAGUCCAGUUUUGGUUCUGGAGAGCAAAAAAGAUACAAUCCUUCUAAAACAUCAAACGGGCACCAGUCUAAAUCUAUGUUAAAAGAUGACUUAAAACUAAGCAGCAGUGAAGACAGUGAUGGGGAACAGGAUUGUGAUAAGACGAUGCCACGGAGUACACCAGGAAGUAACUCUGAACCUUCACACCAUAAUAGUGAAGGAGCAGAUAACUCCAGGGAUGAUUCUAGCAGCCACAGUGGAUCUGAAAGCAGCUCUGGAUCUGACUCCGAGAGUGAAAGUAGUUCCAGUGACAGUGAGGCAAAUGAGCCAUCCCAGAGUGCAUCUCCUGAGCCUGAACCACCACCAACAAACAAAUGGCAACUGGAUAAUUGGUUGAAUAAAGUGAACCCACACAAAGUAUCACCAGCUUCAUCUGUGGACAGUAACAUCCCAUCAUCUCAAGGCUAUAAAAAGGAAGGCCGAGAACAGGGCACUGGGAAUAGCUACACUGAUCCAGGUGGACCUAAAGAAACGAGUUCCGCUACUCCUGGGCGAGACUCCAAACCCAUCCAAAAGGGAUCAGAAGGUGGACGAGGGAGACAGAAGUCUCCUGCACAGAGUGACAGUACAACACAGAGGAGAACUGUAGGCAAAAAACAACCCAAAAAGGCUGAGAAAGCAGCUGCCGAAGAGCCCCGUGGAGGCCUGAAGAUAGAAAGUGAAACCCCAGUCGACAUGGCCACCAGCAUGCCCUCCAGCAGACACAAGGCAGCCACCAAAGGCUCUAGGAAACCCAAUAUAAAGAAGGAGUCCAAAUCUUCCCCUCGACCUACAGCAGAGAAAAAGAAAUACAAGUCAACGAGUAAAUCUUGUCAGAAAUCAAGGGAAAUCAUUGAAACAGAUACCUCAUCCUCAGAUUCGGAUGAAAGUGAGAGCCUUCCUCCCUCCUCACAAACUCCUAAGUAUCCUGAGAGCAGUAGGACUCCUGUUAAGCCUUCCUCAGUAGAGGAAGAAGACAGCUUUUUCCGGCAACGAAUGUUCUCUCCUAUGGAAGAGAAGGAACUUCUUUCACCCCUCAGUGAGCCUGAUGACAGGUAUCCGCUUAUUGUGAAGAUUGACCUGAAUCUCUUGACUAGAAUACCAGGAAAGCCUUACAAAGAAACAGAGCCGCCCAAGGGGGAAAAGAAAAAUGUGCCAGAAAAGCACACGAGAGAGGCUCAGAAACAAGCCUCAGAAAAGGUUUCCAACAAAGGCAAGAGGAAACAUAAGAAUGAAGAUGACAGCCGAGCCAAUGAGAGCAAGAAACCCAAAACAGAGGAUAAGAAUUCGGCAGGCCACAAGCCAUCCAGCAACAGAGAGUCAUCUAAGCAGAGCACUGCAAAAGAAAAGGAUUUGUUGCCUUCUCCUGCUGCGCCUGUUCCUUCAAAAGAUCCAAAAACAGAGCAUAGCUCUCGGAAGAGGACUAUUAGUCAGUCUUCCUCCCUAAAGUCAAGCAAUAAUAACAACAAGGAGAAUAGUGGCAGCAGCAAAAAUAGUUCCUCCACAUCAAAGCAGAAGAAGACUGAAGGGAAGACUUCCAGUAGCUCCAAGGAGGUCAAGGAUAAGGCUCCAAAUAGCUCCUCUAACUGCCCUCCAUCUACACCAACUCCUGAUGCUUCUAAGCCUCGGAGAACAAAGCUUGCCUUUGACGACAGUUUCCAUUGCAGGAAUUAUUCAGCAGACCAUUAUUUACAGGAAGCAAAAAAGCUAAAGCACAAUGCAGAUGCAUUGUCUGAUAGGUUUGAGAAAGCAGUGUACUAUCUUGAUGCUGUGGUAUCUUUCAUUGAAUGUGGGAAUGCAUUAGAGAAAAAUGCUCAGGAAUCCAAGUCCCCAUUCCUUAUGUAUUCAGAGACGGUGGAUCUCAUCAAAUACACUAUGAAGUUAAAGAAUUACUUGGCGCCAGAUGCUACAGCUGCAGAUAAAAGACUCACAAUACUUUGCCUACGAUGCCAGUCUUUGCUGUACCUGAGGCUAUUCAAACUGAAGAAGGAAAAUGCUCUGAAGUACUCAAAGACACUGACGGAGCAUCUGAAGAAUUCUUACAAUAAUUCUCAAGCUCCAUCACCUGGCUUGGGAAGCAAAGCUGUUGGGAUGCCUUCCCCUGUUUCUCCAAAACUGUCACCAGGCAAUUCAGGAAAUUACUCUUCUGGAGCCAGUAGUGCUUCAGCUAGUGGCUCUUCAGUGACCAUCCCACAGAGGAUCCACCAGAUGGCAGCCAGCUAUGUUCAGGUUACAUCCAACUUCCUCUAUGCCACUGAAAUUUGGGACCAAGCGGAACAGCUUUCCAAAGAGCAAAAAGAAUUCUUUGCUGAACUGGAUAAAGUAAUGGGCCCUCUCAUCUUUAAUGCAAGCAUCAUGACAGACCUAGUUCGUUACACCCGGCAGGGACUGCACUGGCUUCGCCAGGAUGCCAAGUUAAUAUCUUGAACUGAACACAUUCUCGUUGCCUCUGAUUUUCUCCACAACACUGUGUCACAUCACGAAGGAAAACUGCCAUAACACGCCACCUAGUCGACACUAAGAAUGAGGAAUGGUUUUCUCCUCCCUGGUUCAUGUGGUGUUGUUUAUAACCCCAAGCUAUCAUGUCAGUUGAUCCUUUUAAUGUUCUGAGUAUGAAAAAUUAUUUAAAUACUUUUAAAUCUGCAGCACAUUGAUAAGAUGGUUUCAUUUUUCUGUAAUAAGAUUGAAAUUCCAGUUGUAAUUCAUAACUAAUCAAUUGAAAUUCUAUUUAUUUUAGUUUUUUUUAGUUCCCAGGUUGGGGCUACUUUAAAGUUUAGUUAUUUCUACCUAUAAAUUUACUUGGUUGAACAUUUAGCAUACAUGUAAUGUAGGCAUUUUUAUUUAUAUGCUUUGCGAGCUUUGUUACCUAAUAGUGUGUUUUUGUGGAAGCUCUUACAAAAGAGUAAGAGUUGGUUCAUCUUAAAUAUGGACAUAUUCUUUCCACACCUACUACCUGAUAUUAUUUCAAAUCUUAAUUACAAUUUUAUUGAAUUCAUAUUUAGUAUUAAGGUAGUCUCCACAUGAAAAAUCACUUACAUAUGAGAAGAUGGCACUCUAUGUGGAUGAAAGAUGAAAUGUGUCUCAUUUGGUUUGCGUUAUUUCAGGAACUGUGAACAUGUGUUAAUAACACUAAAGCAAUCACAAGGUGACUGUAACCUGCGUUGAAUGCAUUACAGAAGAGGGCAGGCAAGCUUUCUCAGAGAAGGACAUCAUGCGAACGGUUUCAUAAAGGGACAAUCUUGAACUUUAGGAUUUCAUUAAAAGCAUAUGUUCUUUUUUGUUGCUAGUCAUUUUUGGCACUUGUUGAAACAGAGUGAGUUACUGUCGAAAGAAGGGUGAUCCAACUCCCAAGGCUUGCUGCCUAAAUCUCUUUAAUUGGUAAUGUUUGAAGGUUAAAAUCUCAUUUCAGAAUUCUUACUGUUUUUGUUUUUUCCCAUACUAGAUGUUUCACUCUGACAUGAGCAUGCAGUGACUGAUGUAGGAAUAGGCUGGAGCUUUUGUGUGUGUGCUUUUGCUCUACAGCUUAACAGUUCUGAUGCCUGAUGUAGAGAUGGUGAAUUGCUCCUUCAAAGCUAUCUUGUAUUUACUCCCUUUGUAUUAUGAGAGCCCCCAGGAAUGAUGUAGGAGCCCUGGUCGAACAGUAGUUAAGAGCUCAGCUGCUAACCAAAAGGUCAGCAGUUCAAAUCUACCAGCCACUCCUUGGAAACCCUAUGGGGUAGUUCUACUCCGUCCUGUAGGGGCACGAUGAAUCAGAAUUGACUCGACAGCAACGGAUUUGGUUUGGUUUUAUGAAUGGUGUAUGUUUCUGAUGGGAGCAGAAAAGUCACACUAGGAAAGUAUCUAACUUGUAUGAUGUAAGCUCUCAGGAAGGGGAAGGAAACAGGGGUAGAGUUUAAGAAGCCAGCUCUGAAAGAGUUGUAUAUUAAAGUACCUUUGCCUGCAAGAUGCCUAUAGGAGUCAGAGGUGAGAAACAUGCCCCCUAUACUUUGUUUUUAGUGCCACUAUCAUGUCUGGUGUGCCUUAAAUCUUACCUUUAGAUGAAGACUCUGUGGACUGUUUACAGAAGAAGCUUUACACUAGGAGCACGUUGCCCAGCCAUACAUGGUUGGUCUUCUGCAGUAAUCAUGUUAAAUUCUGUUUUCUUUUAAAUCUUCCUUUAGAGUCAUAUAAAGAUUAAUUCUUUCAGAAAAGCUAACACUUUGGGAAAUGACUUAGUCGUCCAGUGGCUUCAUAUUUGUAGAGAUUCUUAACUGUUUUGUACCUCAAGUUGUUUUUUACAUAUCAUUGAAGAAUUAAGAUCUACAAAUUAUGUUGAAUUUAUCCUUUUUCCCUUGGAGAAAUUCUCUCUGAUGCCUUUCUAAUUUAGUCUUAUUGUUUUAGGGAGUUUUCUUUAAGAGGACAUGAUAGUUAUUUAGUAAAAACCUUGUCACUAUUAAUCAAGUAGUAGUGUCUUGUCCUCCUCUGAUUUCUCUGACCCUGAUUCCUCAAUUUGCAGUGAUGUCUUAGAAAUGAAAAAAGCAUCAUCCAGGCUUCUAGACUUUCAGCAACCACAGCCAGUGGGGCGCCUCUGAGUUCCAGUGUGUUCUAGUUUCUUGUGUGUCCUGGAGGCAGCAGGAGGAUUCCUUAGGACGACACUGAUAGUUUGUUAAAGCAGAGUUUCCUGCAUGUUUUAUGGUGCUGCUCGAAGAUACUUUCUUUUUAAAACUGUGUUAAUUCUUGGAGAAUGAGUUUUUCGAGCUUUUCACACUGGAGGAUUUUCCCCACGAAGUGAUAAUGGGCAGUGGAUCAAAAUGUUAUCCUAAAUAAAUAAAUUUUCAGUGCCGUAGUCUUUGGCAACACCACACCCUCUCCUUCAGGUCCAUCUUCUCAAAUGUCUGUCUGUGUUACCAUCUGUUCCAGCACAUGCUUCGGACUCCUGUACAGGCAACCAUUCCUCCCUCCUAAGUAGGUGUCUUCAGUGUUUUCUAAUCAUUUAAAACUGAAAUCGACAAGUAGCUAACAACUUACUUAGUCUGAGACUUGUACUUAAUAUACAGUUAAUUAUAGAAAUAGCAACUAUUUUAAAAAUUACUCUGUUGACUGCUCUUUAAAACCACACUUGUAUGCCAGGAGACAUCAGCCUACAACAGUGGACUCUUUACAGGCAACCAACGCACACAGAUUGCGGUGGAUGAAGUUGUCACGUGGUAGUCUUGUUAGCCUGGGCUGGGCUGCAGGGAGCCCUUCCCUCCAGGCAAUUCAAGCUUUCACAGCCCAGCCAAGGCUCUAGCCUGGCUGGGGAGCACCCAGCCCAUUUCUUGCCUCAGUGCCACUUUUUUCUGUGCAAGUAGCCAAGGAGUGACUUUGUAAGUAAUGAGCACUGGUAUGUUCAGAUAAAUUCACAGCUGUAGCUGCUGAAGACUGGAGAAGGUUGACCAGCACUGAUUUAAUUCCCCGAUGUAAAAGCUUGUGCCUCUGGGGAGCUCUCGCACUGAUGGAUCCGUAGGUAUCUGGGCUGCACUUUGAAUGACACAUUUGUAGCUUUAUUAAAUUCAUUGUUGUUUUUUUAAAUUGUUGUUUGUUUUCAUUAAAGAAAGGUUUAAUCAGACUAGAUCAGACAACAUCAUUUUGUAUUUAAUGACAGAAACUUUGGGAAACUUAACUUUUAAUGAAUGAGCUUGCAUUGUGAAGCAAGAGCUAGAAAAGAUGCCUGUUAUAAAUGGAAGUUCUGGCUCUGGAGACCAAGCACUCCAUGGCAUUUCAGAGCAGCCAGUGGUCGCUGCAAUCCGUGAUGCCUAGUUGUGUCGAGGAGGGGGUACGCUGUGUACUCUUCUAGAUGUGAGGGUAUGCAACUUUGGAUUUUAAAAUUAUGUACACAUACACACUUUAUAUAUAUGUAUGUAUGUAUGAAAACAUGAAAUUAGUUUGUCAAAAAUGUGUGUGUUUAGUAUUUUAGCUUAGUGCAACUAUUUCCACAUUAUUUAUUAAAUUGAUCUAAGACACUUUCUUGUUGACACCUUGAAUAUUAAUUUUCAAGGGUGCAAUGUGUAUUCCUUUAGAUUGUUAAAGCUUAAUUACUAUGAUUUGUAGUAAAUUAACUUUUAAAAUAUAUUUGAGUCCUUCUGUAGUACUAUAGGGCUCUUACAGGGUGGAAAGGAUGUUAAUUUUCCAGUUGAACAAAAUGGCUUCGUUAUGUGUUUUGAAUUAUAGGAGCUUGCCUCUCGUUCCCGGAGACAUCUACUAGGACAACUGCUUCAGGCAGAUUGUUUGUUUGAAAAACAAAAGUAACAUGGGGAGCAAAGCAUUUCAAAUCCUCAUACACUCCUAUAACUCAUAUUUCCUAAUUAUGUGGAACACAAAUUUUAUUUCAGCUUCAUGUAUCAUUGUGUUGGAGAGGCAGAUUUUUCCCCAAUAAUAAGUAAUAUUGCAAAGCUAAGGUUGCUAUUCAGUAAAAUAAAUAGAAGAAAUAACUAACGCUCACUUUUGAAUGACUUGGAAUAUGUAGUGAGAAGGGGUCAAACUGGCCAUGAUUGUGAGCAUUUCUUUAAUGUGUUCAACCAAUGGAGAAGUUCAGUUUAGACCUCUAGACCUUAGAACCAAGCUAGCAGGUGACACGAAGUAAGUUCAGAGUUGGUAAAGGUGGUCUUAUUAAGCCCUUAUUUAAAUGAACCCAAUGGUUCGUUAAAAAAAAAAAAACCUUCUUGUCUCCAGAAAAGGGAAUGGAAA